UUGUUUUGUCCUUUCGUAGAAUCUGUUUCCUGUUUAUUAUGUUCAUGGAAAGUCGUCUAUCACACCACGUAUGUAGUAAUUAUCAUAGUACAUGUCUACGAUUGCAGCGUGAGUGACGUAAGGCGGAAGCUGAAAUAAUCAAAUGGUUAAUGUCAGCUAAACUGUCAAACUGUGUUCUAGAGAUAUCAACCUCUUCCCCGAGCAUACUGGCUACCCAGAGCAAACUGGCUACAUACGGCUCUAAAAAAAGAGCGAUCAGUGAACUAACUCUGUAUAUUGUGUUACAUUGACCCUAAACCCACAGUCACCAUGGAUACUCUCUACACUUAUAGAUUACUACCACCCACAUAUACCAACACGAAGGACCCUGAAUACAGUUAUAGACUAGUGAAGCUGGAACUGGUAGACUGCUGGCAAACCCCAGACCUGAACAUCAUCAUCAAACAAGAAGAGGAGGAGGAAGAGGAUAGCUUUCUACAAGUUAAAGAAGAAGAGGAGGAAGAGGAUAUCUCUCUGCAAGUUAAAGAAGAAGAAGAAGAAGAGGAGGAGGAAGAGGAUAUCUCUCUACAUGUUAAAGAAGAAGAGGAGGAAGAGGAUAUCUCUCUACAAGUUAAAGAAGAAGAGGAAGAUCAUGCUUUCAUGGUCAAAGUAGAGGAGGAAGAGAAGGACAAAGCUCUUGUAGUUAAAGAAGAAGAAGAAGAAGAGGAGGGUGGUUUUGCGGUCAAAAAAGAAGAAGAGGAAGAAGCUAUAGGGGGUUUUCUUUUUUCUGACGGAAACUGCAACCAGUGGCCUGUCAGUGGGAAGAGUCCCUCCGUAUCAGAAGAACCUCAACAACAACCACAACAAAAACAGACACAACCAAAGAAACAGCAAAAACAGACCCAGCAACCCCACCACUCCCCUCUGUACUGCUCCGACUGUGGGAUGAGUUUUGUCAGCCCUGGGAUACUGAACGCGCACCGCAGAAUCCACCAGCCCAGAAUAAUCCACACCACCACCACCGGUGAGCCGUCUCACUACUGCCAUGACUGCGGCAAGACCUUCGACACCGCCCGCUACCUCAACAAGCACCGCUUGGUUCACACAGCAGAGAGGACGCACCACUGCUCCCAGUGUGACCGGAGCUUCCUGAGACUCCAGCACCUCAAAGAACACCAGAGAACCCACAGCGGAGAGAAGCCUCACUACUGCUCCGUGUGUGGGAAGGGCUUCACCAAGGUCCGACUGCUCCGGACACACCAACGGCUGCAUGCCGUGGAGGGGGCUGACGUGGUCGGGGAUGGGACAGGGAUGAAGGAGGAUAGCGGGGUGGUGAUGUCAGCGAUGGGGCGGAAGAGAGCUCUGAGAGUUCUGGCCGGAGUGGACUACUACUACUGCUCUGAGUGUGGGAAGAGCUUCUCCAGUGCGGCCUAUCUUAAGGUGCAUCAGAAGGCUCACACAGGAGACAAACCAUACCAGUGUGCUCACUGUAAGAAGUCAUUCGGCACGUCAUGGGGUUUAAAGGUUCACCGGCAGAAUCGCUCUGGGGAGAAGCCCCACCAGUGCGCCGACUGUGGGAAGAGGUUCUCGGACCUGCGCAGCCACAAGGCCCACCAGAGCACCCACACUGGAGAGAAACCAUACACAUGCCCUGUCUGUGGAAAAGGCUUUGCCUGGCACAAGAGCCUACAGAAACACCAGGCCACACACAGCAGCAGUGGUGGUGGAAUCAUAGAAGUACAUAUAGAAUAAUGUAUGAUAUCCUGGAGGGUUUCGCUCCAACCUCAAUCUAGCACCUGAUUCUAAUAUCCUGGAGGGUUUCCUCCAACCCCAAUCUAGCAGGUUAGUUACAACUACGGGACAGGAGGGUAGCUCUCCAGGAACAGGGUUGGGUUACAGGAGGGUAGCUCUCCAGGAACAGGGUUGGGUUACAGGAGGGUAGCUCUCCAGGAACAGGGUUGGGUUAUAGGAGGGUAGCUCUCCAGGAACAGGGUUGGGUUAUAGGAGGGUAGCUCUCCAGGUGAAUCAUGUCACAUCACCUGGAUUUUAACCUUUUAUUUUAAGCCUUUUCCAGAAAUGAGAAUUAGACUAAAAAUGAAAGCAAUCACCUCAGUGUGGUGCUGGAGGAUGGGGCUGGACCAGCUGACAUAAAAAGAAAAGGGGACAGUUUGAUUAAAAGCUUUAAAUCAAAGUAAAAAUCCAGGUCAAAACACAGGGCCCUAAUGAUCUUAACACAACGGAUGGUCAUGCUCUCUCUUGGGUGAGGGAAUGCUGUUGUAUCAGAAGGACUGUUUUAAUUACAUCAAAAUGUCACAUAAGUAUGUGACUUGUAAUUAAAUAUUUUAGAUGUUUAUAUUCAUACACAAAUGUAGUUUGUAAGCCUACUUUUUGUUCUCUCAAAGUGUUCUCUGGAUGGAUUGUGCAACACGUGAUGGCUAUCUUUUGUUUCCCACAGCAAAUGUGCUCACUAGAACAUGAAGUGUAUGGAGCAGUGUUUGGUUUGGAUCUGAAAUGAAUGGAUGAUGAAAAUAGACAUGGUCAGUUGUUGCACUCCGA